UGCUAGUGUGUUGUGUACUGAGAAAUGAAGUACUGAAGCGCGCUGCUUGCUGCACAUUGACUAGUUGAGAUGUGAGCCACGUUUCCACGCUCCUCUCUGCCCUGCUGUUACCCGGACACGUUUGCUAAUGCGUCGCCUGGUUUUUCUGCUGGUGGCAAUAUAGUCAGCGUUGCAUUGCCUUGCAUCUGCCGUGAGAGGCUCACUCUGUGCACAAAACCCCCCCUCUUUUUGAAGGAGGGGGAUCCUGUUAUUCAGAGAGAGGAGAGAGAGAGAGAAAGAGAGAGAGAGGGAAAAAAACAAGUCUGCAGAAAUUCAGAAUUGAACGCGAAGUUGCAUUGUACCACCCCGCCCCGCGUUACUAACUGCAGCAGAUGCAAUGUCAGGUACCAUUGACUAGAACACUUUGUACAGCCGAGAAACGCAUGUAUGGAUAUGAGCAGUGCGGAUGCAGCUUCUACUAAACUGCUGAGUCUCACACAACGCUCUGCCUCAGAAGACCUGGGUUGCCGUCGAGGGGAGUUCAGCAGGAAACACUAUGGUUCUGUGGAGCUGCUUAUCUCCAGCGAUGCUGACGGAGCGAUACAGAGAGCAGGGAGGUUCCGCGUGGAGAACGGGUCGAGCGAUGAGAAUAGCGACUGCACUCCGGGAACCUGGCACCGGACUGACGUGCAUCUGGAGAACCCGGAAUACCACACCAGAUGGUACUUCAAAUACUUCCUAGGAAAAGUUCAUCAGAAUUACGUGGGCACAGACACAGAAAAGAACCCUUUCUUUCUUUCGGUUGUGCUCUCUGAUCAGAACAAUCAACGUGUGCCACAGUACCGGGCCAUCCUCUGGAAGAAAACAGGGACACAGAAAAUUUGCCUUCCGUAUAGUCCUACGAAAACACUUUCUGUCAAAUCUAUUCUAAGUGCCAUGAACCUUGACAAAUUUGAGAAAGGCCCUCGGGAAAUAUUUACUCCAGAGAUACAGAAGGACUUGCUUGUUCUUGAGGAACAAGAGGGCUCGGUGAACUUCAAGUUUGGAGUUCUGUAUGCGACAGAUGGCCAGCUGACAGACGACGAGAUGUUCAGCAACGAAACUGGAAGUGAAGGUUUCCAGAAGUUUCUCAACCUAAUGGGUGAAUCAAUCACAUUGAAGGGCUGGAUCGGCUACAGAGGAGGACUCGACACCAAAAAUGACACCACGGGAAUCCAUUCCAUCUACACCGUGUACCAAGGGCAUGAAAUCAUGUUCCACGUCUCCACCAUGCUGCCGUACUCCAAAGAAAACAAGCAGCAGGUGGAGAGGAAGCGGCAUAUCGGGAACGACAUUGUAACCAUGGUAUUCCAGGAGGGGGAGGACUCGUCGCCAGCCUUCAAACCUUCAAUGAUCCGUUCACACUUCACACAUAUUUUUGCCUUAGUCCGAUAUAACAAACAAAAUGACAGUUACCGACUUAAGAUAUUUUCGGAAGAAAGUGUGCCACUGUUUGGACCUCCUCUACCUACUCCACCCGUGUUUACAGAUCACCAUGAGUUCAGGGACUUUGUAUUAGUCAAAUUAAUCAACGGAGAAAAGGCAACUCUGGAGACUCCGACAUUUUCUCAGAAACGUCAGCGUACGUUGGACAUGUUGAUACGGUCUCUGUACCAGGACCUCAUACCAGACUUACACAAGGAAAUGAAUGAGAUUCAACUAGGCUGGAUAACAAACAUGCUGAACAGGCGCUCCUUCAGUGACGUGCUGCCAGAGUCGCCCAAGUCAGCGCGCAAGAAAGAGGAGGCUCGACAGGCGGAAUUUGUUCGAGUCGGACAAGCCCUGAAGCUGAAAACGAUCGUCAGAGGGGAUGCCCCCACCAGCCUGGUGACCACAGGCUUGUGCAGGAAGGAGCCUUGGGAGCCGCAGUGUUUCUGCAACAACUUCCCCCUCGACAUCAACUGCAGCGAUUCCUGGGGCCAGUCACUGGUGAUAUCCACUGAAGCUGGAGUACUGCUGCUUGAUGAGGGCCAGACCCCGGUGCCCGUGUUUGACAGGACGCUGUCGGUGAAACAGAUGGAUAUUUUGGAAACUCAGGACCUCUUCCUCAGCCGAGCUGACAAAGGGAAGGAUGCACGGCUGUUUGUCUUCAGGCUGAGCUCCAUCAAGAAGGCUCUGGAGGAGAGGCAGAUGGUGAAGAGUAAAUCCGAUUGCAAGGACAACAAGCUCGAGAAAACAAAAGGCUGCCACUUGUACGCCAUCAACACGCACCACGGCAACGAGCUCCGCAUCGUGGUGGCCAUCCGCAACAAGCUGCUGCUCAUCACCAGGAAAAACAUCAACAGGUCCGACAGCUUCCCCAUCCUGCCGCCGCCCACAGACUCACCCGUGGAAGAAUUCCAGUACAUCAGGGAGAUCUGCCUGUGCGACCCGCCAGCGGUGAUGACGCUGGUGGACGGCCCCACCGGGGAAAACGACAACCUGAUCUGCGUGGCCUACCGACACCAGUUCGACCUGGUGAACGAGAGCACGGGAGAGACCUACCGCCUGCACCACGUGGACGCCAGCAAGGUUACUUUUGUUGCAGCUAUUGAUGUGUAUGAAGAUGGUGAAGCUGGACUCCUACUCUGUUAUAACUACGUGUGCUACUACAAGAAGGUGUGCCCCUUUAACGGUGGCUCUCCGCUGGUGCAGCCCUCGCCCUCUGACUUCCACUUCUGCUGGAACCAGGUGCCCAACUCCAUCGUCUGUGCGUUUCCCUACAUCUUGGCCUUCACCACGGAUUCCAUUGAGAUUCGGCUGGUGGUGAACGGAAACCUCGUGCACACCGCUGUCAUGUUGGAACUCCAUCUCACGGCUUCACAGUCAGACAUUUACUUCACAUCAGCCGCCUCAUCGAUGAAUGCGGCGUCCGGCGGCAGCUCGAGAGAUGCGAGUUCACAGAGUUCUCCACAGACACCGACCGGCCAGGAGAUGCCUGUCCUCCCCUCGUCCCAGGGUGAAGGGGAAAUUCAGUGGAAACACAUCUACAAGAUUCCUCUCAGCAACCUGGUUGGAAGGAGCAUCGAGCGGCCGCUGAAGUCACCUCUGGUGCCCAGGGUUGUCACCACUCCCACGUCAAGCAUCAUUGCGCCGAUGCCAGUCACCCACUCGCUCUCACUCUCACGCAUGGAGAUCAAGGAGAUUGCAUGCAGAACACGCAAAGAGUUGCUGGGCCUGACGGCAGACUCCGCCGCCACCAAAUCUGAUGGUGGUCCGAAACAGAAGAAAUGGUCCCGGAAAGGAACAGAAGAGCAGCAGAGGAAAGGUGCCGUGAGAUCGACCAGCAGUGACAGGAUCCUUACGGAGAUCAUGGAUACGGAGCCGGAACCCGAGCAUCAUCUAUCCACCAGCUCCGACCCCGACACAACAGCAGCCAAGAUGGAGAACCCGAUACCCACCGGUCUGUUUCAUCACAACCCAUCGUUUGACGACGAGAUCCUGGACCUGAAGUGACAUCCAGCUGGCGGACUUUUGAUGGCUCCCUCUGUGUUCUGAAGAAAAGGUCCCUUUCUUCCCACCCCAACUCCCCCGACCAUUGGGUCUGUAUCCAUUGCACCCUUGCCCGGACUGUACAGUGCAUGUCUACUCAAACCCAACAUAGCCCUUGGCCUUCCAGAACACCAACAACCUCCGCCCUCCAUGGUUCACGUCGACUACACACACUCAAACCACAUCUCCACAAGACGUUUUGAGAUAUUUUGCAGGUGAUUUGCUCCUUAUUUAUUACCACAUUGUUUAUCUUGUUGAAUGGAAGAAGUUUGUGGGCUAGGAUUUGUACAUUUUGUUAAGUUGGCCUGUUUGUUUGGUUUUCACCUCUUACCCUGCACCUCUUAGCAGUGGGUUUUUUUUUUGUACUCAAUGAAUAUGUACUGUCAACACUGUUGCUGGAACUCUGUGAUGGGGAAAAAAACACACCAACUGUCUUAAAAUAUUGUAAUGCCAUUGGUUUUAUGCCAAGUAACAAAUGUAAAUGUAUUGUGUUUCAAAUGUUGCCUCAACAAGUACUGAAUUCAUACCUACAAAAUAUAUCUAUUUUCAGUGCCGUGUGAGCACUGUGGUGAAAGUAGACUAUAAUUCUGUUAACCAGUAGGAAAGAAUAUUAAGGGAUUUAAGAUGUCUUUUUCUUUACAAAUUAAAAUAAAAAGUUCAGUUUACCUGAUAAGUGAAUAUUUUUGUUAAAGUGAAUGGAAAUUGGGGAAAAAAAACACGACAAGCAUUUUCUGUCUUCUCUUGAUGUAUUUCCUCCUGAGGUGGGCUUCAGGAAACUGUCUUUGUGAAAAUGAUGCUUAAAUAAAUAUGUAUUUAUUAUCUGGGA